AGCCACCAGACCAACAGCUGAAUGAACAGGGGCUUUCAUAUAUGAAGCUUACUAGGCAACAACCAGGAAACUAAGGAGAAGGGGAUUUUGAGUCACAAGCUGGCUCAGCUGAAGAUGAGUGCUGUGCUUCUGAUGCUCUUGGUAUCCACUGUGAAUGCCGGCACCCUACGAGAAAAGGGCUUGCUGAGACAGGAAGCCCGGCGGCUUUCAUGCAUGCGAUGUUGUGGGCCUUCAGAAGAGCCAGUCUUCUUCGCCUCUUCACGAUCCGCUAGGAUGAGCAAUGACCCCGCCUAUUCAGUGCCCAAAGUCCAGCCCACAAUAGAUAUCACCAUCCUGAAAGGUGAAAAAGGUGACGUGGGAGAGAAAGGGAUUACCGGAGGGGCUGGAAAGGAUGGAGAACGAGGGCUACGUGGUUAUAAUGGAUGGAAAGGUCAGAAAGGCCAGGUUGGCCCACCAGGCAAUUCCUGCAAGCUGCAUUAUGCUGCCUUUUCAGUGGGCCGGAGAAAACCUCUCCAUAGCUCGGAUUAUUUCCAGCAUGUCACUUUUGAUACGGAGUUUGUGAAUCUCUACAAACACUUCAGCAUGUUCACAGGGAAAUUCUUCUGCUAUGUGCCAGGAAUCUACUUCUUAAACCUUAAUGUCCACACCUGGAACUUCAAAGAGACCUACCUGCACUUAAUGAAGAACAAUAAGGAAGUGGCCAUCCUCUAUGCCCAGCCCAGCGAUCGGAGCAUCAUGCAGAGCCAGAGUCUCAUGCUCGAGCUGCAGGAAGGAGAUGAGGUCUGGGUGAGAAUGUUUAAACGAGAGAGGGAAAAUGGCAUCUAUAGUGAGGAGUCUGAUAUUUACAUCACUUUCAAUGGUCAUUUAAUUAAACCAGCCAUAGAAUAGCCAAUUCUGCAUCUUUGGGCUCAGUGCUUUAGUAGAGCUCCUUGGGUAGAUUGCUAACUCCCCUCUUUAAAAGUGCACAUGUCUAUGUCAACAUGGAAGUAAAUAUGCAGUAAAUAUUGUCAUGGUCUGAUUGUGGCUAGCAGCCAGCUGAUCUGCUUUUUGGCUUGCUAAUCCUCCCAGUCAAUUAGAGAUAUUUCUCAUGCAACAAUCUUAAUGUGAAGAACACAGGUGUGAGCAUGUGUGGGAGGGGAAUGGGCACUGCUAGCUAAAUGAACAGAAGUUACAUGGCAGUGCCCACUUGAUGAAUACGUAGAAGGCCUGAGCUCUUUCUGACCCAUGGGAUCAUGUGCUUAUUGUUAGCUAGAUGAUAAAACAGAAGGACACUGUUCUGAAGUCUUCCAUAGGCCCCUUGUAACAUCUCUGCAGAACAGCUUGCCAAAGUCAUUCAGUACAUUACUUCGGUUACAAAAUUUUUUUUAAUCUAUCAACUCUGUUUUAGUGGACUGGCCUAAUCAUUUUUGUACUCUGUAAUUAUGUGAAGAUCACCUUUCAAUCCCCAGCUGUCAUAUUAGACAAGUUAGUUAACGAUUACAAUGAAAGUAAAGUGUUUGCAGAUUGCUUUGCUUACAAAGGAUAUCUUUGUAGUUUAUGAUUGCUGUCUGCAGUUCCUGUCCUCCAGUUCCAUUCUAGAACCAUACCUUGUACUCCCCUGAAAUCACUGUCACCAAAAAUGACCAUUUCCUAGAUAAAGCUCAGAAUCGGUGCUCCAUCUUCCUCCUCGUUGAUCUGUCAGCUGCCCUUGACAUAAUCAGCCAGGCUCUUCCUCUUGAAAUCUUUCCUCUCUUGGCUUCUGUGACUCAGUCCUCUCCUGGGUCUCCUCCAGCUUCUAAUCACUCCUUCAGCAUGUCCUUCAAAAAUCUUCCUCAUCUCCCCCUCUCAGUUUCUCUGGGAGUCCCACAGGUCUCUAUCCUUGGUCCCCUUCUCUUCUCCCUCUACACCUUGUCUCUGGGUCAUCUCAUCCACAAACACAAAUUCAGUUACCAUCUCUGUGUGGACGACCAGGAGAUCAACCUCUACUCCAGACCUGUCUGCUUCUGUCCAAAUGAAAAUCUUGGCCUGUCUCUCUGACAUCUCAUGGAUGUCUAGCUGUCAGCUCAAGCUCAAAGUGGCUACAACCAAGCUCGUAGUCUUUCUCCCCACACUCCGAGCCUGCCCCGGUAAGCCCUCGCUGCUACCUCCUUUCUUGAUCAUUGUGGACAACGCCACCAUCCUUCCUGUCACUUGGGCUUGUAACCUGGACAUCAUCUCUGACUCAGAUCUCUCUCGAGCUUCAACUCCAGGCUCUACCUAAACCUUGCGGAUUCUUUCUACGUAACAGCUCUAAGAUCCAGCCUUCCUAUCCAUCCACACCCCUAACACUCUCAUCCAGGCUCUUGUUCUCUGGCAUCUUGAGUCCUGCAACAUCUGUCUCUUGGCAAUGCUCAUAUGCAUUCAGAAUGCUGCUGCAAGGAUAAUUUUCCUAGUUUGUUGCUCUGACCGUGUCGCUCCUCUCUUUGCAUCUCUCUACUGGCUCCUGCUUCUCUGUCACACCAAAUAUAAGCUACUUGUCUUCACUUUCAAGUCCCUUCAUGGACUAGCACUCUAGCUAUCAUCUGCCAUUCAGUAUCAAGAUGUUGACUCCUCCCUCCCAACUGCCCACGAUGUCCAUCGCCACCCACGUGUUGUAUUUUCAAACAAGCAUCUUCCUGCUCUUUCCUGUGCUGCCCCUCGCAUUUGGCAGGAACUUCCCGUAAACAUCCAACACCGAACAUUUUCCUUCUUAAAACUCUCCUUUUCCAUGAUACCUACCAAGACCAUGGCAAUAAUUAGGCUACUGGGGUGUUGAGACCCCAGCCUAUCAUGUUGACCAACAUAGUCUCAUUGGAGUCCCCUAUCUCUCUGUUUACAUCUGUUGUCUCUUGCCUCACACUUAGAUCGCAAGCUGUUUGGCACACGGACCAUCUUUUUGUUCUGUGUUUGUACCGCACCUAGUACAACGGGGUCCUGGCCCAUGUUUGGGGCUUCAGGACACUACAGUAAUACAAAUAAUAAAUAAUAAUAAUACAUUUUCUAAUAAAAAGAAAGGGCCAUAUUCUCCUCUCAGUUAUUCCAGUCCAGCCCCACCAGUUUGGGUACGGUUGCAGCAGGAUUACAGAGCGUUAGUUGGUCCAGUGCAUUUACCUUAAAAUGAUGCUGACUUUCUUUGCUGUAAUUCAUGAUUUUGUCCUUUUUCCUAGAAUGUAAUAUUGCAAUGACCUAAACAUAACAUGCCAAUCCAGCAUAGCGCUUAAGAAGGUACAUAAAUUUCAUCGUGUGUAGCUCCAUUGGGAUGCAUAUGCUAGAGCAGGACUGAUACGGAUAUCGAAGAGCAUUACAAUGUGUUACCUUUCCCUUUUUAAUGGCAACCAUCAUAAGGAGAGGCUGAUUGUCAGAGUUACUGAGUACUUACCACUCCAGCUGAAGCCAGUGGGAACUGCCAGGGAUCAACAAUGAAAAUUAGUUUACUAUAAUUUGUAGGCAGUCGAGAAAUGAUUAUAUUGUGCAAAAACAUCCUUUCUGCAAGCUGCAGUGUUAGUUUCUUAAUAUUUACUGAAAUGCUAUGUGCUAGAACUAGAAAACAGACCAAAUAUAUAUUUGUUAGUCCCUGUCCCCAUACACACACCCCUUGUGGGAUGUUUGCAUGGAGGAUACAUUACAUUAUAUUGUACUGUAUGUCUUGCUAGGCUAAUUGUUGCUUGUUGCUGUACAUCUCUUGUUACCAAUCGUUUAAUCUGAGAAUUAACUGUAAUAAAG